CGUGUCUUGGAGAUCAUUGGGCAGCGAGGAAGUCAGGCGAAGGCGUACACGAGUCUUCCGCCGCUCCCUCUCAUCCCUUAUGCCAUGUCAAUGGCCACAACUGUCAUAUAUAGAGCUUUUCGAGACAGGACGAGAGACUAUGAGCAGACUUUGUCGGAUCUUCGCCUGUGUUGCGCUGUCCUUGAUAGUCUUGGACUCUGUUGGACUAGUGUCCAUGGCAUUUGCAACCUGGUACGAAACAUCUGUCCGCAUGAUAGCUCGGAGGACAGACCAGAACUAUCACUCAUUCCGCAGGUCCCCGGCGGUAGUCGUAGUGCUUCAGCUUUGGUAGGGAUUGACAUCGCGUCCGCCAAUUCCCCUGGCGAUCGUGCACCUGCUCACGCGGAACUUCAAACGCUUAAUGUGCCAGAGCCGGUCAGCGCGGCUCAUACAGGCGCUCCAGCAUUAUUGACUACGGGGGCCAUGGAUGAGAAUUGGGCAUCGCAUCUGGAUCCAUCGUCGUACUUUCUCAUGGACCCGGCAUUUCACCUGUCAUUUGACUUAGACUUUUUCACUUCGGUUGCCGAGACUCAGAUAAGGCUUGACUCGAGGCAAUGAAUGAGCCUUGAGGACAGUCAUAGUGCAUGACGCCUAGUCAAU